AUGGUCGCCACAAAUAGCACGCAUUUUCAUCCUUCCAGAAGGAAAAAAUUGUCGCCAGGUUCGACAAGCGUUCCCAAAGUUCACUGCAGUGUCCUUGGGAAGAUGGUAGCAGAGCAAGGCGACCUCAACGAGCGAAUGGCCGUUGCGCGGCGCGACGCGGAUGGUCUAGUAAAGAAACUCAAAUCCAUAAAAGGGUCGGAAUCAUUGGUCGACACUAGUCUGCGUGCAAUGGCUGCAGACGUUGGUGCCCUACCUCGUAUUGUCAUGCGGCCGCGUCGGGUUCUUAGAGGCCACCUUUCAAAGAUAUACGCUAUGCAGUGGGCUGCAGACGGGAGGCACCUUGUUUCAGCGUCACAAGACGGCAAGCUCAUCGUCUGGGACGCUUAUACGACCAAUAAAGUUCACGCUGUACCCUUGCGGUCAAGUUGGGUGAUGACCUGUGCUUAUUCGCCUUCUGGAGGUUUCAUUGCCUGCGGGGGCCUCGACAACACAUGCUCCAUCUAUAGCUUGAACAACACCGACACCAGCCAGGGAAUGGGUGUUCAAGAACUGAGUGCUCACUCCGGGUAUCUCAGUUGUUGCCGGUUCAUUGAUGAUCGUCAAAUCCUCACUUCGUCCGGCGACAUGAGUUGCAUGUUGUGGGACAUCGAGACGGGGACCAGAGUGGUGGAAUUUAAUGACCACGUUGGAGACGUGAUGAGCCUCUCUCUUGGACCGGACCCCAAUCUAUUCGUGUCUGGUGCCUGUGAUGCAAUGGCAAAGCUCUGCGAUAUCCGAACAGGACGCGCUGUGCAAACCUUCACUGGCCAUGACUCCGAUAUCAAUGCUGUAUGCUUCUUCCCCAACGGGGAUGCGUUCGCAACUGGGUCCAACGACGCAUCGUGUCGCCUCUUCGACAUUCGCGCCGAUCGCGAACUGAACAGCUUCGCGCACGCGAAUCUUUUCUGCGGGAUUACGUCUGUCGCUUUCUCUAUUUCCGGGCGUAUUUUGUUUGGCGGCUAUGACGACUGGACGUGCAAUGCCUGGGAUACACUGAAAGGGGAUCGGGUGGGUGUGCUCACUGGUCAUGAAAACCGUGUCAGUAGCUUGGGGAUCAGUGCCGAUGGGAUGGCGCUUUGUACUGGGAGCUGGGAUAGCAUCCUUAAGGUCUGGGCAUAA